UUCUUUACUGUCACUGUCAUAAAAACAACAAGAAGAAGGAAGUGGGGAAAUAAGAAAAUGGCUUUUUUGAACAGGAGUUGUCGGGCAGCAUAUAGGAAAUGUUUGGCUGCGAAGCUAAGUGAGGACUCAAAGGUGUCCCUACAACUUUCACCUUGGCCAUGCAGUUAUUUUGACGAGCCUGUUCACAUGGAAGUCACCGGACUCCCCCCUGAGCAAUCUGUGGAGUUGCGAUCCAAACUUACAGACAGCAAAGGCGUUUCCUUCGAAGCAUUUGCCACUUUUUGUUCUGACAAAAACGGACACAUCGACUUGGGUAGAUGUCCAUCGAUGGGUGGGAGCUACAGUGGAAUUGAUUCUAUGGGGUUGUUUUCGUUGAUGCGACCACUUGUUCCACACAGUACGCUAACCAAGAGGGAUGUGUCAGCGCCACUGUCAGUUGACAUUGAGGUGAUAUGCGAUGGACAGGUUGUUGCCCAAGAAACCCUUGAGAGGCGAUUCAUGGCUGAUGGUGUGCAAAACUUUCCCUUGGAAGGUGGCAAUAUAAGAGGUUCACUGUUUGUGCCACCUGGACCUGGUCCGUUCCCUGCCAUUCUGGACAUACCCCACAUAGGUGGUGCUUUGACAGAAUUACGAGCAAGCCUAUUAGCCAAUAAAGGUUAUGUGGUCAUGGCUUUGGCAUAUCAGGGUUAUCAGGAUUUGCCCAAAGUUUUGAGGAAGCUUGACUUGGAGUACUUGGAGGAAGCCGUGGCAUUCUUGAGGGCUCACCCCAAGGUAAAGGGACCAGGCAUAGGGAUCCUCUCCAUCUCCAAGGGUGGGGAUCUAGCACUUGCAAUGUCAGCAUUGCUUCCUGGGAUCUCUGCAACUGUCUCCAUCAAUGGAUGUAAUGCUGCCACUGCCUUUCCCAUCCAUUACAAAGGCACGGUGAUCCCCCCUCUCAACAUCGACACGGGCAAAAUAAUCCUCAGAAAGGAUGGACUUCUGGAUGUAAGGGACGGCCUUCCAGAUCCUAUGCUGGAAGAGAACCGGAACUCUGUGAUUCCCAUUGAGCGUGCCAGCUGCCACUUCCUGUUUGUGGCCGCUGAAGACGACAGGAACUGGAACAGCCUUUUAUUCAGUGAACAGGCUGCUCAACGACUCCGGGACCACGGGAAAGACAACUAUGAGCUGGUGCGGUACCCGAAGGCAGGUCACUUCCUGAAUGUUCCCUACAUGCCCCACUGCCCCUCCAGUUUCCAUCCAGUAGCAGGCUCUGUGGUGGCAUUUGGAGGGGAACCCAAGGCUCAUGCUGAGGCCCAGGUUGAUCUAUGGAAGAGGGUCCAGCAGUUUUUCAGAAGGCAUUUAAAUAAUGAUCAUUCCGAAUGGAAAGCCAUGCUGUAGUGUGUUUUAUAGUGUGUAUAGUAAAUGUUGUUUGGCUUGGUAAAGGCUUGGUAAUUGCACAUGACUGUAUGGAUUCAUUUGAGUGUCAUACAUUUGAGUGUAUGUGACAUUCUUACAUUGACAUUUACAUUUAGUCAUUUAACUGAGACUUUUAUCCAAGGUGACUUAAAACAAAAUGGUGGUGGUUACUGAGGUUCCCCCUUCACUGUGAAGUGCUUCACUUGUGAAAAGCGCUAUAUAAAUGUAAUGUGUUGUUGUUAAAACAAUCAAGGUACAGUGUUACAAGCAGUGUUGUAUAAAGUACUAGAAAGCAAUACUUGAGUAAAAGUACCGUAAAGUAUCGUACUAGAAAAAGACUUUGGUA